UUUUUUCUUCAUCAUCAUCAUCACACCAUUCAGACCCACCAAACCUCAACAACAACUCCCACUCAGACUCAUACAGCCUCUACAAGACUCACAUAGAGAAACGAAGAGACAGAGAGAGAGAGAGAGAGAGAGAGACACAGCUGUGAUAGAGAUUCAUGGCGACUUGUGGAGUGAGGAGGAUGAAACUAGGAAGCCAAGGUCUUGAGGUUUCAGCGCAAGGCCUUGGUUGUAUGGGCCUCUCUGCUUUCUACGGUGCUCCCAAGCCGGAAACAGAGGCCAUCGCUCUCAUCCACCAUGCUAUUCACUCCGGUGUCACUUUUCUUGACACCUCUGACAUUUACGGUCCUGAGACCAACGAGGUUCUCCUCAGCAAGGCACUCAAGGAUGGGAUGAGAGAAAAAGUUGAACUUGCGACCAAAUUUGGAAUCAGCUAUGCAGAGGGAAAGAGGGAGGUGAGAGGGGAUCCCGCCUAUGUGAGGGCUGCUUGUGAGGCCAGUUUAAAGCGGCUAGAUGUUGCCUGCAUUGAUCUCUAUUAUCAGCAUCGGAUUGAUACUCGUGUCCCUAUUGAAAUCACUAUGGGAGAACUGAAGAAGCUGGUUGAAGAGGGUAAGAUAAAGUACGUUGGUUUGUCUGAAGCCUGUGCCUCAUCUAUCAGAAGAGCACAUGCUGUUCACCCAAUUACUGCCGUACAGUUAGAAUGGUCCUUGUGGACGAGAGAUGUGGAAGAAGAAAUCAUUCCGACCUGCAGGGAACUUGGGAUAGGGAUUGUUGCUUACAGUCCUCUAGGACGAGGUUUCUUUGCAUCUGGACCCAAGCUUGUUGAAAACUUAGACAAGGAUGACUUCAGAAAGGCAAGUUUUGACUUUAUACAAAAUCAAUUACUGCAGGCUCUACCAAGAUUCCAAGAGGAAAACUUAGACAACAACAAGAUCGUUUAUGAGAAAGUUUGUGCAAUCUCGGAAAAGAAAGGAUGCACUCCUGCACAACUAGCUCUUGCAUGGGUUCACCACCAGGGAGAUGAUGUUUGUCCCAUCCCAGGAACCACUAAGAUCGAAAACCUCAACCAGAACAUUGGAGCUUUAUCAGUGAAACUCACACCCGAAGAGAUGACUGAGCUUGAGGCCAUUGCCCAACCAGGUUUUGUGAAAGGAGAAAGAUACACGGCUAUGAUGCCCACUUUUAAGAACUCGGAGACACCACCAUUGUCUUCUUGGAAAGCCGCUUAAAACCGCUGAAGUUUUUAUGGUUGUGGUGGGUUCAUGAAAUUGAACUGGUCUAACAUAUGUCAGCCAUAUCAAGGUAAUAAACGAGAUGUGUCUUCGAGGGAGUCGAUUAUGGUGAGUUCACUCCCAGGGAAACCCAAAACUAUAAUAAUGGCUUGAAGAAUAAAUAAUGUAUAGAGUUCCCCAAGGGAAACCCAAAACUAUAAUAAUGGCUUGAAGAAUAAAUAAUGUAUAGAGUUCCCCAAGUGAAAACUUCAGUUUACAUUUCAUACUUUGUAACCAAACUCUAUAAAGAAAGAAAGACUAUCUAUAACUUGCACUCAA